AUGGGCGACGACAUGGAGAAAACCGAGGCGCAGCUCCUGCUCAUGCGCCUGUACCCGGACCUCAACCAGCUGUCCGCGGGCGAGCGCGUGCAGCAGCGCGUGAAGCGCAUGGGCGGCGACGUUCGGCAGCUAGUGGAGCAGCUGUGGGCGGAGGUGGAGGACAUGGAGCGCGCUCGCAUGCAGGCCCGGGCGGCACGGGCGGCAGGAACCGGGGGAGGAAGGAGCACAGAAGCUUCCUCCGGGGUGGUUUCCCCUGGAGCUGGGGCAGCAGGCGCUAAGGCAGGCACACAGGGGAAGGGUGUAGGGGAGAAAACGGAGCAGGAGGAGAAGGAGGGGGAGAACAGGAAAGACAAGGAGAAGGAGGGGAAGGAGGAAGAGGAGAGGGAGGAAGUUUUGCCGGCGUUACAGAGGCCAGCAGGGUCUGGGAGGUUCGUGAGUGCGGGGGAGGCAACCGGGGAGUCCGAUAAGGGCGUGAAAGUGAGGGGGAAGGAAGAGGCGAGGGAGGAAGUUUUGCCGGUGUUACAGAGGCCAGCAGGGUCUGGGCGGUUUGUGAGUGCGGGGGAGGCAACCGGGGAGUCCGAUAAGGGCGUGAAAGUGAAGGAGAAGGAAGAGGAGAGGGAGCAAGUUCUGCCGGUGUUACAGAGGCCAGCAGGGUCUGGGCGGUUUGUGAGUGCGGCAGAGGCGAGCAAGGUUUCCUCUGACAAGGGCGUGCCAGGGGAGAAGGUGGGAGGAAAGGCGAAGGAGGAGGAGGAGAGGGAAGAGGUGAUGCCAGUGUUGCAGAGGCCUGUGGGGUCGAGGGGGCCUGUGAUUGCGGCAGAGCCGAGCAAGGUUUCUGACAAGGGCGUGCCAGGGGAGACGGUGGGAGGAAAGGCGAAGAAGGAGGAGGAGGAGAGGGAGCAAGUUUUGCCAGUGUUACAGAGGCCAGCGGGGUCUGGGCGGUUCGUGAGUGCGGCAGUGGCAAACGGGGAGUCUGAUAAGGGAGUGAAAGUGAAGGAGAAGGAGGAGGAAAGAGAGGAGGUUUUGCCAGCGUUACAGAGGCCAGCGGGGUCUGGGCGGUUUGUGAGUGCGGGGGAGGCGAGCAAGGUUUCCUCUGACAAGGGCGUGCAGGCUGGAGAGACGACGGGAGGAAGGGCGAAGAAGGAGAAAGAGGAGAGGGAGGAAGUUUUGCCGGCGUUACAGAGGCCAGUGGGGUCUGGGCGGCCCACGAGUGCGGCAGAGGCGAGCAAGGUUUCCUCUGACACGGGCGUGCAAGGGGAGAUGAUGGGAGGAAAGGCGAAGAAGGAGAAAGAGGAGAGGGAAGAGUUCAUGCCGGCGUUGCAGAGGCCAGCAGGGUCUGUGCGGGCUGUGAGAGCGGCUGCGGCAAGCACGGUGGUUGAUAAGGGCGUGGAAGGGGAGAGGAAGCAGGCAAAGAAGGAGGAGGAGAAGCAGGAGAGGGUAGAGGUCAUGCCAGUGUUGAACAGGCCAGCAGGGUCUGUGCGUGCAGCAGAGGCGAGCAGCACAGUGGUUGACAAAGGCGUGGAAGGGGAGAGGAAGAAGACAGAAGAAAGGGAAGUCGUCCUGCCGGCAUUACAGAGGCCUGUGGGGACAGGCGGGGAUUUGAGUGCGGUAGAGGCAAGCAGGGAGCUUGCGAAGGGCGUGAAGAGGGAGAAAAUUGAUGGGAACUCGAAGGCAAAAGAGGUGGAGGUGGGGGAGAGGGAGAGGGAGCAAGUCCUGCCAGCGUUGCAGAGGCCUGUGGGGUCAGGGGGGGCUGUAAGUGCGAUAGAGGCGAGCAGGGUUCCUUCUGGCACAGGCGUGGAGGGGAAGACGAAGAAGAAAGAGGAGAAGGAGAGGGAGCAAGUCCUGCCGGCGUUACAGAAGCCUGUGGGGGGAAAGGAUACUGGGAUUGAUGAGUCGACUCAAAUGACUAGCAAGGACGCUGGAGGAGAGAUUGCAGCAGCAGGAGUAGCAGGAGCAGCAGGAGCGGCAGGAGCGGCAGCAACUGCAGCCGGAGCAGCGAGAGGAGAGGGUGAAGGAGAGAUGGUGGCCCCAGUGCAAAAGGUGGAAGUGAAGAGAGUGACUGUAACGAAGGCCCCUGCACGCCCACAAAACGCUGCUGCGACUGUCAAGACUGCUGCUGCUGCCAACGUUGCUACUAACGUUGCUGGUGAUAGGGAAGAUCCGGCAGCAGGGGAGUGGUCUGCGACAGUGCAGGAGGCAGUGCGGCGGGAGGAGGCGAGAGAGAGGAGGCAAGCAGCCCUGCUGAAGCCAUCCCCUUCACCUGUUGCCGUUGCCGCUGCUGCUGCUGCUGCUGCCGCUGCUGCUGCAGAAGCUGAAUCUGAAGAGGCCCUCGAGAAACGUCCUGAUUCGACCCCUUCCCCUCUCCCCCCUGAUCCCCACCCAUCCCCACGCAUCCCAGUUGUACUCCAACCAUCCCAGGCCUGUGCAAGCCAACAAGACACGGGCUGUGGCCCCUACCCCAAGGGCCUUCCCCCCGUCGUCACCCCUCCGCCUGUUGACCUGCGCCGCACACUCUUACCCCUCCCCUCUCUCCCCCACCCCCUCAACCCCGUCCCCCACUUCAGCCCGUUCGAGUCUGUUGAAUCCAACAAUCCCCAGGCUGUGACGCCCAUUCCCAAGGGUCUUCCCCCCGUCGUCACCCCUCCACCUGUAGACCUGCGCCGCACCCGCCCCGUGUCCCCCAUACACCCUCCUCCCUCCCAAACCCUGCCUCCCAAGCCUGUGGAAACCAACAAGCCUGAGGCUGUGUCGCCUAUUCCCAAGGGCCUUCCCCCCGUCGUCACCCCUCCACCUGUAGACCUGCGCCGCACCCGCCCCGUGUCCCCCAUACACCCUCCUCCCUCCCAAACCCUGCCUCCCAAGCCUGUGGAAACCAACAAGCCUGAGGCUGUGUCGCCUAUUCCCAAGGGCCUUCCCCCCGUCGUCACCCCUCCACCUGUAGACCUGCGCCGCACCCGCCCCGUGUCCCCCAUACACCCUCCUCCCUCCCAAACCCUGCCUCCCAAGCCUGUGGAAACCAACAAGCCUGAGGCUGUGUCGCCUAUUCCCAAGGGCCUUCCCCCCGUCGUCACCCCUCCACCUGUAGACCUGCGCCGCACCCGCCCCGUGUCCCCCAUACACCCUCCUCCCUCCCAAACCCUUGCUGUUCCUGCUCCUCCUUCUGCUGCUACUGCUGCUGCUGCUCCUGCUGCUGCUGCCCCUGCCGCUGCUGCUGCUGCUGCUGCUGUUGCUGCUCCCACCACUGCCACUGCCUCUUCCGCUGCUGAUAGUGCUGGUUCUGAUACCACUUCGCUAAGUGCUGCUGCUGAUUCCCCUAGCAGUGAUGAUCUGCUGACGGGCAUUAAACUAUGGGGUCUCAAUACUUCUCCUGAGGAGGAGAAGGCGAUACAGCAGGCAGUGAGUGAGCGCACAACAGUCACGGCCAAGGUCAUCACCUGCAACCACGGCGGACUCGUGCUGCGCCGCUGGAGCUUCCGAGGCUGGCUCCGAGCCAACGGGCACGACCCGAACCUGUUUGGGGCAAGGGAGGAGAGCGGCGGGAGAGAGAGGGGAAGCGGGAAGCAGCAGGAGGGGAAGGCGUGGAGCAAAAGGAAAGAUGGGGAAGAGAAGAAAGAGAAGGAAGUGGGGGGAGGAGAGGGGAGAAUGGAAGGAGCAGGGGAAGAGAGAGGAGUGGGGAGAGAGGGAGAAGAGUGGGGAGGUGGAGGGGAGGGUGUGGAGGCCUUGAGGGCUCAACUGAGUGCGCAGUACACUCAGGAAAAACUCGCUCUCUUCUCGUCCUAUGUGGGGGAGGUGAGACUUGCCUUCUUUCCUUGCCUUCUUUCCUGGCCUCCUUUUGUCCUAUGUGGAAAAGGUGAGUGCUUGCAGGAGGUGGGUGCGUGCAGGAGGUGGGUGCGUGCAGGAGGUGGGUGCGUGCAGGAGGUGGGUGCGUGCAGGUGGGUGCGUGCAGGGCAAGGAGCGGGUGGAGGGGAGGGAACAGCUGCAGGAGGGUGCUUGCAGUUAGAUGGGUGGAAUUGGGAGGGGGUAGAGUUGAAACACCCUUGUGACACAAAGGGGAGCGGAUCUGGAGGGCAAGGAGCGGGUGGAGAGGAGGGAACAGUGGAGGAGCGGCUCCAGGUGGGUGUCUAUGCUUUCUGCGGCUGCAGGUGGGUGUCUAUGCUUUCUGCGGCUGCAGGUGGGUGUCUAUGCUUUCUGCGGCUGCAGGUGGGUGUCUAUGCUUUCUGCGGCUGCAGGUGGGUGUCUAUGCUUUCUGCGGCUGCAGGUGGGUGUCUAUGCUUUCUGCGGCUGCAGGUGGGUGUCUAUGCUUUCUGCGGCUGCAGGUGGGUGUCUAUGCUUUCUGCGGCUGCAGGUGGGUGUCUAUGCUUUCUGCGGCUGCAGGUGGGUGUCUAUGCUUUCUGCGGCUGCAGGUGGGUGUCUAUGCUUUCUGCGGCUGCAGGUGGGUGUCUAUGCUUUCUGCGGCUGCAGGAGGGUGUCUAUGCUUUCUGCGGCUGCAGGUGGGUGUCUAUGCUUUCUGCGGCUGCAGGUGGGUGUCUAUGCUUUCUGCGGCUGCAGGUGGGUGUCUAUGCUUUCUGCGGCUGCAGGUGGGUGUCUAUGCUUUCUGCGGCUGCAGGUGGGUGUCUAUGCUUUCUGCGGCUGCAGGUGGGUGUCUAUGCUUUCUGCGGCUGCAGGUGGGUGUCUAUGCUUUCUGCGGCUGCAGGUGGGUGUCUAUGCUUUCUGCGGCUGCAGGUGGGUGUCUAUGCUUUCUGCGGCUGCAGGUGGGUGUCUAUGCUUUCUGCGGCUGCAGGUGGGUGUCUAUGCUUUCUGCGGCUGCAGGUGGGUGUCUAUGCUUUCUGCGGCUGCAGGUGGGUGUCUAUGCUUUCUGCGGCUGCAGGUGGGUGUCUAUGCUUUCUGCGGCUGCAGGUGGGUGUCUAUGCUUUCUGCGGCUGCAGGUGGGUGUCUAUGCUUUCUGCGGCUGCAGGUGGGUGUCUAUGCUUUCUGCGGCUGCAGGAACGGCUGCAACCAGGGGAUGUUGCAACGGCCACAGUGGUGUACAUUGGUGACCUCAACAUGACUGUUCAGGUGGAGGGAGUGAACAUCAUGAUUCACUAUGACACUAUCCGGCAGCUGAAGCAAGGACCAGUGGACACGUGGCCCUUCCCCAUUGGCCAUGUAGGUCCACACAUCACAUCUGUGUGUGUGCUUGCUUUCGCAUCAAGCACUCAACACGUUCCUGAACCCUAA